AUGAAGUGGUUUAAUUGGGCUGUGCAAAUUUGUUGGAUGCCCAGUUUUUUGGCUACCUUCAAUCCUUAUAAAAGAAAUGUGGAGUUGCUUAAUCACGAACCAGUAAUAAAAAUAUGUUCAAAAAACGAAUUGGCUUCUGUGGAGGAACUUUGGCUAGACCAGAAAGUGGAUCAUUUUGAUAAGCACAACAACAAAACCUGGAAAAUGCGUUAUUACAGUAAUGCCAAGUAUUUCAAGCCCCAAGGACCCAUUUACAUAUUUGUGGGAGGAGAAUGGAGAAUCAGUCCGGGAUUAUUGAGCACUGGAUUAACCCACGAUAUGGCAGUGGAAAACUCUGGAAUGCUCUUCUACACUGAGCACCGCUAUUAUGGGCUCAGUUUACCUUUUGGCAAUGAGAGCUAUCGACCGAAUAACCUCAAGAAACUAAGCCUUCAUCAAUCAUUUGCUGACUUGGCUCACUUCAUACGCCACCAGAAGUCAAAUAGUCCCGAAAUGGAAGACUCCAAAGUCAUUUUGGUGGGCGGCUCUUAUUCGGGCAGCUUGGUGGCCUGGAUGACUCAACUGUAUCCGGAUUUAAUAGCUGCCAGCUGGGCCUCCAGUGCUCCAUUAUUGGCGAAAGCCGAUUUUUUUGAAUACAUGGAAAUGGUCGGCAAAUCAAUUAACUUGAGCUAUGGACACAACUGUUCUUUGCGAAUCGAAAGGGGCUUUAAAUUCUUGGUGAAGUUAUUUGAUGGCGAUGAAAUUCAGGAGCUGCUUUAUAAUCUUAAUGGCUGCAAGGGUUAUAGAUCCAAGAAUCCUUUAGAUAGGGCAGCUUUCUUCAAUGGGCUGGGAAACUAUUUUGCUUUAGUGGUGCAAAGUUAUAGUGCUUAUAUACCCCGGCUAUGUGAGACUUUGAUGAAUUUAGGUUCCGAUGAUGAGCUGGCAUUCAUAGAGUUCUUAAUACUGCUUUAUUCUGAAGGAAGGCGCUCCAUUGCUUGCCAGGACUUUGGAUACUCUUCCAUGCUAGAACUUUUCUCUGGGGAUUCAGAUGAAAGUUCGGAAACUCGUGCUUGGUUUUAUCAAACCUGCAAUGAAUUCGGCUGGUACACAACUACAAAAUCCUAUUCAUCCGCGUCCCAAACCUUUGCCAAUCAGGUGCCCUUGGGCUACUUCAACCAACUUUGCCAGGAUGCGUUUGGAGCGGAGCAGACUGCCCAGCAAUUGGCCCAGGGCGUUGAGCAGACGAAUAGCCAAUUCGGCGGAUACGGGUUCAAUCAGAGCGAGCGUUAUGCUCAGGUAAUCUUCACGCAUGGCGAACUGGAUCCGUGGAGUGCUCUUGGGCAUCGAAAGGGUGACCAGGCAAUAGUCCUGACGGGCUACUCGCACGUCGAGGAUUUGGCCAGCAUCCAGGUGACGGACAGCGUGGAGAUGAAUCUGGCCAAGCUGCGUGUUAUGUCCUUUCUGCGACGCCACAUAUGA